CAAAUUUUGAAAUCCCAUCAUUCCCUGCAAAUCUACAGACCAAACUCAGUAACAAAGAACCAUGUCAUAGGAACUCAAAAGACAGACACACAAUUGUGAGAGUUUUGUAUGAGGCUAUGGCACAAUUCACACUGUAUCCCUGAAAUUCAGAGUAUGUACAGGUAGUAAAAAUGCUCAUCGUGAAAUAUCCUUUCCUGAAGGACAUUGAAGGAAAUGGUUAUCACACAUGGCACGCGUCAUUAAAAAAUAAGUUUAAAAUGGAGCGGGAGCCUUUGGUCCAAUGUGAUGAGGUUCAACAGUUCAAGAGGAAGUUUGGUCAUCAAAAUUCAAAGAAGUCCUGUAACUCUGCAUCUGGAACCACAAAGCGACAACACAUGGAACCAGUCACACUUACAGAAGAUGCAACAUCCAUUGAUGCUCACGUGAAGAUUCUAAAUAGCCAGUACCAAAAGAUGAUUCCUGAUCAUGCAGUAGUUCAAGAUCGCAUGCAACAAACAUUUGCAUGGCGUCAAAAAGAGAUUGCUGAAGGAAUGUCUGUGGAGGACAUUUUGACAAAGUAUCCCUUUUUAAGAACCACAAAUGGACUGGCUGAUGAGUUGGAGCGUAUCCAUCCAGAAGUGGGAAACUUAUCAAAGAAGUUUAAAGACGAGUUAAAAUUCAUCAGUGCAAAAGUACUUGAGCACACAAGAGGGAAGACUUCAAUCUUUGAUCACUACCAGGAUGCCAAAGAUGAAGCACUGACUGAAAAUGCACAAGAUAUCAAUCUACGAGCAACUGCCAUUUUCAUGCCAAUAUUUUUCAAAGAGAAGAUUGAUCAUUUCAUUACUCUUGGAGAGCAAGACCCAGUACAUCCAUAUCCUACUAUUCAGCUGCUGGAAGAAGACUGGAAAAAAGACAUUCACCAUCAGAGUCCCAAAUGUGGUUAAGUGGACAGCGUUGAGGUGUGC